UUUAGUGUAAAAAGUUGCGCCGAUCACUCGAUUCAGGUGCGGAAAUUUUUGUGAUUCACGCUUGCACAAUUUCGUAUACAGUCGCGCGUAAAUUCGGUGUGUUUAUGUGAAGCUCCUUUUUAGUGUUUAUGUUUUGAAAUGCAAUAAUACGCAUCCAUAUUAGUGUUGUGCAAAAUUUUUAUAGUAAUCUGAAUAUUUUGCGGUGAUAGCAGAACUGCGUUAAAAUACUACUGUGAUUUUCCCCUCAUCUCCAUCUAUUUGUGAAUUCCGAAGGCAAAUUAAAAAAAAUAAAUCCGCAAUAACCCAGAAACAAAAACAAAAAAAAAGAAGCUUUAAAAAUGCAGUUACUGCGAUGCAGUUUGAGUAUUCUCCUUGCGCUUGGCAUUUGUCACUUGUGUCUGACGUUGCCUGCCGUACGUGUCAAACGUCAACCCGAUGACCUGCUCUCACUCGAGGCGGAGAGUGCGGAUGCAUUCAACAGUGACUUGAAUCCCAUCAAUGCAGAGGCAGUUUCAGGUGAUGAGCUCGAGCGCAACAAAAGAAAAUUACCCGAUGCGACAUUCGAGGCGAAAAAUGCAGUGCUUGGAUUUGUUUUUGGUAAAAUCGACAACUUCCUCGACACGAAAACGCGCGUAAUUGAGCAAUUGGAUCGCGCCAAUAUCGAGAAGAACAGGCAAUGGGACAUUAGGCCACCAGUACCGAUUAGGGAUUUCCAAACUCUUGUCACUGCUGUUGUGUCGCCUAAGAUACGUAGUCUGGGCAAUAUUGCCAACGAUCUGACCACUGGCGUAUUGACCACCAUUACCGCUUUCAGCGGCUCUUCAGCUGGCAAUGGUAGCGCGAAUCCAAAUGCUGGUUUGGGUAAUAUUGUUUCAAAGUUCCUGGGCUUCUCUGGACCUAUUCUGCAAGGCUCCGCCGCUGGUCCUGCUGGUGGUGGCACGACGCCAGCGCCAGAUUCCGAUGAAGCUGGCUAUCGCCGUGAAUUUUCGCAUCUGCCCAAUAGUCGUCUCAUACGCCCGGCACGUGCCACUGAUAACUCCAAUAGCAAAUAUGACGAUGUACCGGAGUUCGAUAGGAAGCAAGUGUCUUUGGAUUUUCCUGAUGAGCUUUUUAACAAAUCAUUUGCAACUUUAACGAAUAUCUCCAAAUCUUUCUCACGACUGAUUAUGAACUCUGCACGUCGUUACUCUCGUUUCGUUUUAUUCUUCAAACCUGUAUUUGGAGAUGCUCUGGUCGUCAAAGGUUGGGAAGAUCCAACGACGACAACAACUACACCGAAAACAACUACCACUAGAACUACUUCAAAUCCGCUCGAUACGUUAAAUGAAGUUUAAUUCUAAUUUUUAUUUUUUUAGAUUUCAACUCUAAUUUAUAUUUAGCACCAGGAAUUUAAUUUUAUGUUACUUAAUGUCAAUGUUUUUUCUAUGCA